ACUGGGUUAUCUGGAGUGAUCAGAGAGUAGACUAAAGAAGUGAAGUAGACAAACUGCCAGUGUUUUAAAGUUCUAUGAAAUGAGUCUGUGUAGUUUCUAACCCUUGUAAUACUGAGUAGAGGAUGACACGCCCCUUUUUAGCUUUCAUCUCUUACCCACUUUUAGAAUAGUUUAAUUCGCCUGUAUUGUACAGCCUACUGAUAUGAAUACAUAUGUCACCCGGUACAGACAGAAGAGGACCGGCCACCCAGCUUUACUCCUGCUCUGAAUGUGGAAAGAGUUUCUUUCACCUGGGUACCUUAAAACAACAUGAACGUAUACACAAAUUAUACACAAAAGCACAAAAGCCAAUCUCCUGCUCUGAAUGUGGAAAAAGCUUCAAAAGAUCAACAUCACUAAAACUUCAUCAGAGAAUACACACAGGAGAGAAGCCUUACUCCUGCUCUGCAUGUGGGGCGAGUUUCUCUCAACUGGGCAGCUUAAAAAACCAUGAACCUAUACACACAGGAGAGAAGCCUUACUCAUGUUCUGAAUGUGGAAAAUGCUUCAAAAGAUCAACAUCACUAAAACUUCAUCAGAGAACACACACAGGAGAGAAGCCUUACUCCUGCUCUGCAUGUGGGGCAAGUUUCUCUCAACUGGGCAGCUUAAAAAACCAUGAACGUAUACACACAGGAGAGAAGCCUUACUCAUGUUCUGAAUGUGGAAAAUGCGUCAUAACAUCAACAUCACUAAAAGUUCAUCAGAGAACACACACAGGAGAGAAGCCUUACUCAUGUUCUGAAUGUGGAAAAUGCUACAAAACAUCAACAUCACUAAAAGUUCAUCAGAGAACACACACAGGAGAGAAGCCUUACUCAUGUUCUGAAUGUGGAAAAUGCUUCAAAACAUCAAAAUCACUAAAAGUUCAUCAGAGAACACACACAGGAGAGAAGCCUUACUCAUGUUCUGAAUGUGGAAAAUGCUACAAAACAUCAACAUCACUAAAAGUUCAUCAGAGAACACACACAGGAGAGAAGCCUUACUCAUGUUCUGAAUGUGGAAAAUGCUUCAAAACAUCAACAUCACUAAAAGUUCAUCAGAGAACACACACAAGAGAGAAGCCUUACUCCUGCUCUGACUGUGGAAAGAGGUUCUCUCUAUUGGGUAUCUUAAAACAACAUGAACGUAUACACAAAGGAGAUAAGCUUUACUCAUGUUCUGUUUCUGUGGGAAUGAGCUAG